AUGGCUGCAAGAAGGACAGCGCAGCAGGAGCGGGGCGACGGAUACGUUGCGACCAUAGAAGUGGACGGGCAUCCUAUGCCGAAGCUAGUGUUGGGAGACGAGCUCUCUUUAUUUGACGGCGCUGCGACGAUUCUCCUAGCAGCAUACGAGAAGCAAGGACCGUACGACGUGGACGUGUACGCGAUAAAAGUACCGGGUGUGAUUGAAGCGGAGGUUCGUGUUCGCCGGGUGCACCCUCUGUUACAAGAACCAGAUGACGCUGAGGCACACAUCAACCUGGCUAUCCUCGAUGUAGCGUACUCCCCUACAGUGCACGGGCUCUUGGGUCAAUUCUACCGAGCCAACGCCACGUCAGAACCCACCCUAAACUACUCUAUUCUGUCACACCUGAUGGCCAUGCCGUUGGUUCCCUCCGAAUCUUCCUCCGAAGGGGAACUCGAAGGUGUACCAGAAGAUUACGUCACCUCCUCCCUCCUUGCUCCUGACUGCGAAUUUACUCAAUUCUCGCUCUUUUCCAAGAAGACGACCAGCAACGGCGACGCUGAUCUCAGUAACAGUGGGAGCAACAACGCUGGCACUGACAGCAGCAGCAGUAGCAGAAUGACCGAAACCACCAGCAGUGAGAUUAUCAUCCGAGCUUCAAGAUGCUCCGUGUCCGUGCCUUGUAAGGUGCCGCUGGACAUGUGGGACUUCUGCGUUGUAGAGCUGGUGGCGUUGAAUAAGACGUACAACCGGCUGUGCGGUAAAAUCACGAAGCUGGCAACGCUGCUCAAGAAACUGGAUCCCUCCGACGCAUUCCGCAUUGAAAUGACCGACCAGCUGCUCAACAAACUCUACAACAUGGGAGUCAUUCCCACAACGAAAAGCCUCAACCUUUGUGAUAAGCUCUCCGUCUCCUCGUUUUGCAGACGAAGGCUAGCAGUGGUGAUGGUGCGACUCAAGAUGGCAGAACACAUGAGAGAAGCAGUUUCGUUCGUGCAACAGGGCCAUGUGCGCAUUGGUCCGGAAGCUGUGAGGGACCCGGCGUUUCUGGUGACAAGAGCAAUGGAGGACAUGCUGACAUGGGUGGACACGAGCAAGAUCAAGCACAAGCUUCGGCGAUCCGACCGGCUGCUGGCCGUCCGAUCCGCCGCUUGCAUCUUCCUCCGAAUCCCCUUGCCUUCCGGCAUCUCCCCCGCGGCGCCCGCAGUUCCACCCCAUUCUCUCCACGCCCUUCACUGGGUCGUACGCGAACUUUGCCACGUGGAAGGCAGCGGGCAGGCCAGAUUGAUCCAAUCCCGUCCCGUCCAAUGGGGUGUCGACAGGUGUCGCCCUAUUCCGACACCCCCCUCCUCCGCGUUUGCGCCAUUCCGCCGUUUGAUCCCUGAUCCGCGUGCGCCUGCGGGUAGCAAGCGCAGUUUUUCCGCCGCCACAUCUCCCCCGAUCCCGCCGAACUCCGCUCCGAGCGUUGGCGGAAGCAUUGGCAGAAGUACUGGCGGAGCGGGCGGGCGGAAGGGCGGGCGGGGAUUGGUGGGCGUGAUCACGGCUGCCGCCAUAGCGGGCGCGGCGGGAGGAGCGUAUUAUUGUGUCCACGUGGCAGAACAGGAUUCGCUGGCAGCGGCGGUGCGAGAGAGGGAGAGGGAGGGGGAGGUGGAGCGGGAACGGAUUGAGCAGCAGAGGGAGGAGAUGGGGAGGGAGUUGGAGGAAUGGAAGGAGGGGGAGGCGAGGAGACAGCAAGAGGAAGAAGAGGAGAUGGCCAUAUCCACCCUGCAAGCAGUGCUGCUGCAGCAACUGGCGGCAGCGACAGCAGCAGAGACAGAGGCGAAGGAAGCAGCAGAGGCACAUGGGGAGCAGACAGAGCUACUGAAAGUGGAGAUCUCUGCUCUGAAGGAUGUUUUCUUCCAUCGAUCUCAGGAGGACAGGCUGUCCUGGCAUGCGCACCGAGUCGCUCUGAUCUCUGCUCUGAGGGGUGUCUUUUUCGAACCAGCACAGGAGGAAAGGCUGUCCUGGCAUGUGCACAGAGUGGCUUUGGACCCUCUCGUCUCAUCCCUCCUGCCACGUGGCGACGACCCAUUGGUCGCUGCGAUCGCAGCCACCCUGCCCAAAUCCGCGCUGGCCAAUGGCGUGCUGACACGUCAGCAGCUGCAGGAAAGGCUGGAGGGGAUGAGGGCGAGGGUGUGCCAGCUGGCGAUGCUGCCGCCGGCCAAUGGGGGGGAGAGGGAGGACGUGGGAGGGGAAUCGGGAGGAGGAAAAGGAGGGAGAGGAGGAGGGGAGUUGGUUGAGCCAGGCCUAUUGUCGCAGGCGGUGGCAGCAGUUGCAGUCGCUCUAAAGUUCCCAGUUCCAACCACACCAGGGGAAGCACCGAGCCCUGAGCAAGCACUAUCAGAGGCAACCACUCUGUUGGUGGAGGGGCGAUUGGAGGAGGCAGCAGGGGCGAUGGAGAGGGGGGUGAAGGGGACACGGGCGGAGGGAGUGGUGAGGCAGUGGGGGGAGGAGGUGAGGGGAAGGGCGGCAGUGGAGCAGGCGGUUAGGGUGAUGCAGGCGCAUGCAGGGUGCAUGGCAGCAGAGCUUCGUAGCUCAGGGAAGUUUGAGAGCAGGAGAGGAGGUGAGGGAAGGGCGGCAGUGGAGCAGGCGGUCAGGGUGAUGCAGGCGCAUGCAGGGUGCAUGGCAGCAGAGCUUCGUAGUGCGGUUGUGAGUGGUGCGGUUGGAGGGAGUGGUGACGCAGUGGGGGGAGGAGGUGAGGGGAAGGGCAGCAGUGGAACAGGCAGUGAAGGUGAUGCAGGCGCAUGCAGGGUGCAUGGCAGCAGAGCUUCGUAG